AUGAAGUUGUCACUCCUUGCCGUCAUCGUGGCCUCCGCCUCUGCCGCUCAAGGCGCAAUCACCUGGACCCUUGAGAAGGCCGCCAACCCCACGGCCGACCAAACCGACGCAUACACCAAAAUCGAAGCCGCCAUGAAGCUGGCCGUAGCAAGACAUGCAAAGCAGGGAAAGGCAAGCAAGACAAUCCGUGUCUAUUACACGCCCGGCGUUCCUACUGCAGAGGCCAACUACAACGGUGACCUCCGCUUCGGAUCGAACCGAUCUUACAUGAACGAGCGUACGGCGCUCCACGAGAUCUCCCACACGCUCGGCGUUGGCCAGACUGCCGCCUUCGACUCCAAAUGCGCGUCCGGCAACUGGGCUACGGCAUUGCCCCUGCUUCGCUCCUGGGAUGGUUCCAGUGCCAAGAUCAGCUGUGGCGGCUCGCAUUUCUGGCCGUACGGGCUCAACUACGAUACCGAAUGGAGCGAGACAAACGCGGACCGUCACGUAAAGAUCAUCAAUGCCAUGAUUGCUGAUGGCAUGUAA